CGUGACUCUAGUCGGGUCGGCGCAAACGCCGUCUUAUUUUCGCGAGGAAAGGAUUAUAACGUGAGUGAAGCCGGACGAACAGUAAACGGACAACAUACAGCGGACAACGGCGAUUCGUCAUCCCGGUACGACAGCGUGAAGCAACGUUUGCGAGACACAGGGAGGGAAAGCAUCGCGAGGAUCGCGAGUGCGGCGGGCGAUUGACUGGCAACGACGUCGCCGUCGUCGUCGUCGUCUGCUAUCGUCGGACAAACAUCGCCGUCAUCGCGUCCGUUGUCUCCUUAUCGCAACGCAGAGUAGAUCGAAGUGUAAAAAACGGAGCGAGAGUAGAGUGAUCCAGCUACAACUAUAUAUACGACGAGCCCACCACAAUGAGCUUCCUAUUUGGGAGCAGGUCUUCAAAGACCUUUAAACCAAAGAAGAACAUUCCUGAAGGCACACAUCAAUAUGAUUUGAUGAAACAUGCCGCAGCCACAUUGGGUUCUGGAAAUUUGCGAUUGGCUGUUAUGCUCCCCGAAGGGGAAGAUUUGAACGAGUGGGUGGCCGUUAAUACUGUUGAUUUUUUCAAUCAAAUCAAUAUGCUUUAUGGCACCAUCACGGAAUUUUGCACGGAGGAGAGUUGUCCCAUUAUGUCAGCUGGACCAAAGUACGAGUAUCAUUGGGCUGAUGGUCAUACAGUGAAGAAACCCAUCAAAUGCUCAGCACCCAAGUACAUAGACUACUUGAUGACCUGGGUGCAGGAUCAAUUAGACGACGAGACUCUAUUUCCAUCUAAAAUCGGAGUUCCUUUUCCGAAAAAUUUCUUAUCAAUCGCAAAAACCAUUCUAAAACGGUUAUUCAGAGUAUAUGCCCACAUUUAUCAUCAGCAUUUCAGCGAAGUCGUGCAGCUCGGCGAGGAGGCACACUUAAAUACAUCAUUCAAGCAUUUUAUAUUUUUUGUUCAGGAAUUCAAUCUGAUCGAGAGAAGAGAGUUGGCGCCUCUGCAAGAGCUAAUAGAAAAAUUGACGGCAAAAGAUGCACGAUGAGUCUGCCUAUCGUCUGCGAGCUACUCGUCUCUUCAAAACCUCUCCAAAGAAUCUCUCAACGCUAUCUUUGCCAACUCGCACGUGUAAUCACAUUAUUUAUCCACUAAUCGCUAAUCUUACCAUCUGUCUCUGUCUCCAAGUAGGAAACGCAAGCGCAUCGCCGUUUCGGAAAUAAGUGACUGAUAAUAAGAAUGAAUAAUUACAGUGUUUGCUUCAAAACUUCAUUUUUUUUUACGGCGGUGUAUUCUGUAUACUUGCUGGAUCCAUAUACACAUGCGUACACAGUCACCAUCAAGUGGAUAAAGAUAACCAAUUUUGAGAUACAUCUGAUUUCGUGACAUAUUGCUUUUUUCGAAUGCUUUCCAAAUACGUUUCAUUGUUGAUUGUAAUUUAUUGCACCUUAUCAAGCGCUGACAUGCGAGAGAGAGAGAGAGAGAGAGAGAGAAAGAGAUAAUCGGAUUGUCCAAAAGUGCGUGUUGGUACAAAGCGUAAGCUUAUCUCGAAAAACAGAAACGUUUUAAAAACAUUAAGUGUAAACGUGUUCUUUUCUGCAAAUGAACAAGACCAUCGCUCACGGGUUUUGUUUGUCUCUCGGAUUUUGCAUUUUUGUUAUUAUUACCUAUUGCUAUUAUCGGAUGUAAAAAUAUUGUCUAUUAUACGAAUAUAGAGAUUAUUAAUUGUUUCAUACAGUUGCAUGUAUGAAGACAAUAGCAUAUCGUAAAUUUUGUAUGGUUACUUUUAUGUUUAAGGAUAGUUUUAUAAAUACAGUCCUAUCAUUUUUCGAAUUAACAUAUAUAUGUAUAUCCUCUGGGGUCGUAUAUAGAAAAUCGUUAAAAAAAUUAAUGCUAUCAUAUUAAUUAUGUAAUAGCUAUUUUAAGAAAUAUCAUCCUCUCUUUGUUAAGCGCUUAUAGACUUCUUUAUGUGACUAGGAUUUUUAUACGCGUUUUGUCCCCGUAGAGAGUGACAUACAUAUAUUUUCUGCUUUAGACGCUUUUAAAAUACCGGUGGUCAGACCGUUUGCGUCGUCUUGCUACAAUUUUUCGUAUAUUUUUGUUAGUUUAUUACAAUCUCGUAUUUUUUUCAAAAAAUUAAAACAUGAACUUUAUUUUGGUACAUUUGACCAAUUUUAUUAUAAAACGCGAAUGAUAACAUAUGAAAAAAACUAAUUUAUUUUGAGAGAAGAAUGAACGUAUUUUUCAUUUUUGACGUUAUAAUCCAAUAUGAUUAUAGUGAGGAAACAGAAGUCUUAACGAAAAAAAUAUUAAUCGAAUCUAUCUCUUUUCUGAACGCUUAUUGAUGUAAUGCAAUGUUUUAUGACGCAUAUUAUGCACGUAUUUGGCUUUGUUUUUCUUAUAUUUUACCGCCUAAUUGAAUUUUCACUACAAUGAAGAAUUUUUAUCGAGUAGCACUCUAAUCGUCACAAAGUUCGAAUCACAACAUCUGGCACUUCGAUUACUUUUAUAUAGUCAAUACUUAAUGAAUAAUAUUAUAACACUAUACAAUGUUUGGUCUAAUUACAUACCGCGAAUUGCUGCAAAAAUCUUAAAUAUCACUAAUAAUCGAUGAAUAUCGCCAACUAUUAGCCACUUCUGUACAUAAGAUGCUUUACUUCUUCACGAAUGUAUCAAGCAAUUCGUCAUUUUUUUCGGCAAACUAUGAUAACAAUAAAUUUUUAAGGAGAUUCCAAAGUGCUAAGAGAAAGUGUUUUAAAAGAAACAAAAAUAUUUUUUUCAUUGUAGUAGACGUUAAAAAUUCGAUCGUGCGAACUUCGUAUAUAUGUAUCUAUGUAUAUGUGCGUGUGUGUGUGCGCGCGUGCGUGUUUUUUUGCAAGCUUUUUAUAUAUAAAUACGGCUUUUUUAUGAAAAACUUAGGCUUUUUAUAAGACGCUUUUUAAAAAUGUUUUAUAAAAAUUGCUAAGUCUUUCUAUAAAAAGGUUGAUUUUGUACAAAAGGUCUGCAAUAUAUACGUAUAUGUGCGCAUCAUAUACCAUGCAUAUACAUAUAUGUAUAUACGCACACACGUCGACGUAUUUUAGUAUAACGAUAAUGCCGAGAUUACGAUGAACUUAACGUAAAGGGAAGCGACGGGACGUGAGCUGAAAGAGUCACAUGAACAUAUUCCGACUACACGAAACACGAUGACAAAGCUUGACAUUGGCAAGCUUUUCUAUCGCGUUAAGUUCUGAUAUUUCACGUCACGUUACGUAAAGUCGAUCAUAAUCAAUCGUAUAUAAAACAACGUGUUUUAGAUUUUACGUUACUUAAUGUCCCGUCGCGUCCCGUUAUGUUAAGUUCAUCGUAAUCCCGGCUUAACAGAAUGGUGAUUGACGGCAGCGAUUUAAAGUGACAAUGCUAGUAUCGUUGUCGGGAAACGAAGACGACGCAUAUAUACGCUGAAUAUAGGCAUAAAUAAUAAUAAGAGUAAUAAUAAUAAUAUAUUCGGUACUUAAAAAAGAAUAACAAACAGCGAGAAAGAAAAAUUAAGGAGAAACUGGACGGAUCAGCUAUCUCAAAAGUUAAUAAAUCUAAUACAUCAUACGAAGAAAAUAAAAGGCAAUUAAGAGCCAGCGCGGUAAUUUGUGCGCAUAUGUUUUAUUACAAUCAAAUUACAAUGAUAUUUUGACUACGUGAUAGACAAAAUCACAAAAAGCAUACGUUUCGGUCCCUUUUUUUGGACCAUCCUCAGCGCAAUUACAAAGUAUAUAUUAUAUCAAAAGUUAAUUAGUUAGUUAAUUAAAUCUAAUACAUUUUGAGAUUUAUAAAAUUGACAUUGCGCAAAGCACUUUUAUACUUUUAAAAUAUAAAAUUAAUAAUUAAUUUGUGAGUUAAAGUAAAGAUUUGCCCUGUAGAAUAUAAUUUCACCUCAAAAUCGUAAAUAUCUUAUAUCGAACUAACUUUUUUAUAAUGAUUAUCACGAUUUUAACUGUACGACACGAAAAAAUUCAAUAAAAUAAAAAUUUUAAUUUUUAGCUGAUCCGUCUAGUUCUUCCUUAACACGCAUUCUUUGGAAGUGGUAUAAUAGCGCCCGUUCGUGAUGAACGGAGAUAGUCGCCUAGAAGAAUAUGUAUUACGUUGCGUUUUCGAUAACAUAACUGUUAUAGAUGAAUUAUUUUUGAUUCUAUAUAUUUGUACGCAUAUUAUAGAACAACAUCACGACUAUUAUUCACUCGUGUUGUUCAGACGUUUAUCUAAACGAUGAUUCUCUUAAUCGAAAAAGGACACACACGCUUCUUUUUUCUUUCGUUAACAAUUUGUUUCCAAAUUAGCCGAGAAUUUGUAUGAAAGGUUGAAAAAUUGAUACUAGAGGAAACGAAUUCGCGAAGAUAGAUAUUUUCUUCGAGCAUUCACGGAUUCUCUAUAACACCUACAGAUUUUUAUUCGAUAUAAGCAAACUAAAUUUUUGAGACAAUUUUCCGACUUCUAGCUAGAAAGAGAAUGAUAUUGAUCUUCAUGACAGUUUCUCAUCUUUGGCUCUUUUAACGUUAAAAUUCGUGCAUAAUUAAUCUCUAAGAUUGAAGAGGUGCAAGAUGGAAAAUUGACAGGAAAUUUUCUAAAUUUGAUUUGAUAUCAGUUUUGAUUGAACUUGAUCGAUAUUCGUUGUAGAGAUGUGGAUGUAUUAAUAAUUCAAUCGCGUCAGACGAAAAGAUCACUUUUAUUCUAUAAAUCUUCUAGCAAUUAUUUCUUACGCGCCAGGAAAGACGAGUUCGUUUGAAAUAAGGGUUGUAUUUUUUUUUCGAACGGCCUUUUGCGGAGAGUUCUCAGCGAUCAACUUUCCGCUUGUCUGAUAGUAACGCUAGUGUGAUAUAUGUGCAAUGUAAAUAAUAUUUUUCACGAUUAAACGGGGGAAACUCCCGCGUCCAGAUCACGGCAUAAUACAGCCGCGUAUAAAAUGUUUAUAGUCUUGGAUAUAAUCUUGUAAUCUUUCUGUAAUAAAUAUCUCGUUUCGAUUGUA